UUGAGAGGGCGGAGCUAGGGCCCUGGGAGUCCUGGCACCACCUUCCCAAAGCUGGUAAGUGCUUUCCCAUCAUUGGGAAGGAGGGAAGGGCUCUAGGACCCGCCAGAGCCCUGGAUCUUCCUUCCCAGAUCCAGAGCAGUGCCAGCAGUUUAGCAUGCCAGCAGUUUUCUUGCACAGGGCACCAAGCCUGGGGUGGCAGAAAAUCGAGAAGAUCUGUUUGGGGGCAGAGACCCGGAAUUUCCUUACAGAGCUGGAGCAGGGUGCGGAGCAGAGUUGGCACAAAAUUGAGAAGAUCCACUUGAGGAGAGCGCCCAUACUUCCUGCCAGAGCGAUGCCUGCAGUUUUCCUGCACAUGGCGCCAAGCCUGAAGUACCCCAAAACUGAGAAGAUCAAUUUCGGGGUAACAAAUACUGGAAGCCUAGGUAUUCUCCCCCACGCCAACCACUCGGUACAAGAAAGCCAUAUAUCUGGAAUACACAGAUUCUACCUUCACACAAACAAAACCCAAGCCUGCUUGGAUGGGUCUUCUGGGCCCUACCAUCCGAGCAGAAGUUCACGACAAGGUGAUCGUAACCUUUAAGAAUCUGGCUUCCCGUCCUUUCAGCAUCCACGCCAUAGGGGUGUCCUACUGGAAAGCUUCAGAGGGGGCAGGUUAUGAUGAUGCAAGCAGCAGGCCAGAGAAAGAAGAUGAUGCUGUGGAGCCUGGCCAGACUCAGACUUACGUGUGGGACAUCUUAAAAGAGCAAGGUCCAACCGGGUCUGACCCACAGUGUUUGACUUAUGCCUACUCCUCUCGUGUGGACAGUGUCAAGGACAUCAACUCUGGCUUGAUUGGGGCCCUGCUGGUUUGUCAGCCAGGGACCCUGAUGAGCGAAGGAAUUCAAAGCAUAGUGCAAGAAUUUGUGCUACUCUUUGCAGUGUUUGAUGAAGGCAAAAGCUGGUACUCUGAAUCCAACACCUUAGGAAAUGCUUUGUCUCCUGAGCUGCACACUAUCAAUGGAUUCAUGAAUCUCUCCCAGCCUGAUUUCAAGGUGUGCCAGAACAGACUGGUCUACUGGUAUGUCAUUAGUUUGGGCACCAAACCUGAAGUCCACUCCAUUUUCUUUGAGGGCCACACUUUCCUUGUGAGACACCAUCGGCAUACUACUCUGGACCUCUCCCCAGCUACUUUUCUCACUGCCGAGACAAUGCCCACAACCAUCGGCAUAUUUCAGAUGUUCUGCCAGAUCCCAUCACAUCAGCAAGCUGGCAUGGAAAUCUUAGUUAUGGUAGAAGUCUGCCCAAACCUACCCAUGAAGAAGAUGAGGGUGGCGGAAGGGGACUACGUGGACGAAGAGGACUACUUUGAAUACAGUGAGGCCGAUAUGGAAAGCACGGUGAUCCAAAUGGAUGAUUCUCCACCCAGGAUUACAGGCCGUUCCCGUGCCAAGAGGCAGCCUGUGACCUGGAAACAUUAUAUAGCAGCAGAAGAGGUUGUUUGGGACUAUGCUUCAGAUAACUCCACUUAUUUAUCCAGUGCUUACGCCAAGCAGUUUCUGGAACAAGGUCCUCAGAGGAUUGGCUCCAAGUAUAAGAAAGUCGUUUUUGUGGAGUACGAGGAUGCGAAUUUCAAGAGGCGGAAGGCAUCGAAACCAGACCACAUGGGGAUUCUAGGGCCGGUCCUUAAAGGAGAAACUGGUGAUGAGUUUAUGAUUAUGUUCAAGAAUCUAGCCAGCCGGCCGUACAACAUUUACCCCCAUGGCAUCACCAAUGUCACUUCCUUUUACCCCAUGAGAAGCAGCAAAAAUCACGUUAUGAAGCUCUUGCCCAUUCGACCUAACCAGGUGUUCACCUACAGGUGGAAGAUAAUGCCUGAGGAUGGCCCAACCAACUCAGAUCCCCGCUGCCUGACUCACUACUAUUACAGCUCUAUCAAGCCUGCUCGGGAUUUAGCCUCUGGGCUAAUUGGACCACUGCUGAUCUGCUUCAAAGAGACCAUGGAUCGGAGAGGGAAUCAGAUGAUGUCAGAUGAAGCAAGAUUUGUGCUGUUUUCUGUCUUCGAUGAAAACCUCAGCUGGUACUUGAAGGAGAAUAUCAACCAAUCCUGUUCUGAUGCAGCCAAUGUAAACCCCCAGGAUCCUGAGUUCUAUGCUUCCAACGUUAUGCACAGUAUAAAUGGCUAUGUUUUUGAUAAUCUGCACUUCAAGAUUUGCCAAAACAAAGUUGUGUAUUGGUACAUCCUCAGUGUAGGUUCCCAGACUGAGUUUCUGUCCGUCUUCUUCUCCGGGAAUACUUUUCAGCACAACACAGUCUUUGAAGAGACCCUCACGCUCUUUCCCCUCUCUGGAGAGACUGUCUUCAUGUCCAUGGAGAAACCAGGCACAUGGAUAUUGGGAUGCCUGAACCCAGACUUCAGGAGGCAAGGAAUGAGAGCCACGUUCACUGUUUCCAAAUGCCCCAAUGAAAUGGAGUAUGAUUACUCUUAUGAAUUAAUACCAGAAGGUGAACUAAAUGAAGCCAAUGUCUUGCAACCAAGAGGCUUCCCCAGGAAAAACAGGCCUGUCCAGCCUUGCCUAAAGAAGCAUGGAGAUGCAGAAAAUGAAAUGCAGAAGACCAACCACCAUUUGGCUCCUUGUCGUGAAGCCAAUAAUCUUUUUAAAUUAAACAAGAAAAAGAAUCCUACUGACUUGCCGUCGCCUCCUGGAGAGUCCUUAUAUCAAGAUAACAUUUCUUUACCUUCUUUCCAAGACGACCUCGUUAAGCCAACUGAUGCCUUUCCAGCAGAAGAAGAACCAUCAUCUAUACUCAAGCAAAGUUUCCAACAGCAUUCUUUCACAGGAAACUCUUCUCUCUCAUGGAAAGAGUCUAAUCUUAAUAAGAGUGUGUUAGAAACUGCAACCAGUCUGGGUGACGAGACUCUUCCCUUUGGGACAUUCAGCCCACUUGAAGGAGCUGGGAUGGUCCAAGAGAAAUCAGAUAAACAGGAGGCAGUGGAGAUCAUGAAACCUCAUUCAGCCCCUCCAUUGGAAAAGGUGGAGGCAAUUCCUGAAGACCAUGUUACCAGCAUUCAGUCAAAGGGGUUGCAGGAUGGGAUGGGCCUUGCAGAAAGACUGACAUUGAAUGUGAAAAGGCUCCCUCUUAAAACUGACGAUAAUUUAACACAACAAAAUGAAGUAUAUCCAGAUUCCAGAUUUUCUGAAAGAGCUUCUCUUGAAGAUGUAAACACAGUUGAAGGACAGAACACUGUAUCAUUGAUGCCAGAUACAACGUUGAAUGAGAAAGCAGGACUGCAAAUAUCCUAUAUGGAUAAGGGCACUUUCUUUAACAUGAGUAGUACAUCUGCAUCAUUAGAUGACUUGAAAAGUAAGCCACUUACUCAGCACAUGUCACUGGACAGUCAAAACACUGGUCCACCAAGAUUAGAAAUUAACCCUGGAGCUGAAAACAUGGUGUCACAGAGCUAUGGCAACACCUUUCAAGCUUCUACAAGCUACUCAUCUCAUAAGGCAACUGUCCAAGAGAAUGAACCAUUUACAUCAAGAGAAUCAUUGCAUACUAGAAAUAAAGUUGAGCAAUCCACUGCAACUAUAGGAAGUCAAGGCCCUUUUACAUCUGUAAGUGAAGACUUCCUUCAUGGCAAAAAUAGUGCACAUACAGCCUCUCAUGACAAAGUGCAUGAGCCAACGCCUCCAGCAAAGCAUUUUCAGGGUCAUGAGACAGAGAUGGUUGACACAGCUACUAGAGGCCCAGAUAAUUUGAAUGAACAUGCUUCUUUAUUUGCACAGAAUGGUGAGCAAGUGGCUCCAAACAGAUUGACUAGCAACCCAAAUAUUCUAGAGAAGUCUGACUAUACUAAUGACAUUCUGGAGAGUAAUGAUAGAUUCUCUACGCAUCCAUUUCACACUAGUCAAAGACCAGACGGCUCAGCACUCCAAGAAGGUUUCCAAGAAAAUAGCCAAAUUAAGGAUUUUGGGGGGAAAGAGAAUAAAGCUUUGCUCAUUGUUGAUGCCACCGCCAACAGAAUCUGGAACCCAAAUUCCCAUGGAUUUCUGGGUAGUUUGUUGCUUCCUAAAACAAGUUUAUCAGAAAAAGAGGAUGCUUUUCAUCAAGCGGAGUCACCUCCAUCACAGCUAGUUGACCUGGGAAAUGACACAAAUUCUAAAGAGUUUGUAAGAAAGGGGGAGAUAAAGCUACAACCAGAACCAGAAAUUCAGAGCCAUGAAAAGUCAUCAGAUGGGAUGAGGUUGCAGCCCUGUCAUCUGGGUCCUCAUGGAUGUGGUGGUCACUUGGAAAAGAGGUCUCUGAAAUCACACCAGGCCACGUUGGAAGAAAGACAUGCUGUACCAGCAAGGGAAAUGAAGAGUUCUGGAAAAGCUGAAGAAAGAGCUCAGGCUUUGCUCAACGGUAACUUCUUCAAGUUAAACAAUAAGGCCAAGGCUUCUAUAAUAAAGGCACCUUUGGCAGAUGGGGCUACAAGAAACCAACAAGCAACCACACUUGGCAAGACAACUGCUUCAUCUUCUCUGUUCACCUCAGUCCAGUCCAGUCCAGCCCCACACUCCCUGAACUUUCCUGAUUCCCAGCAGACUUGGAGAGGAGCCAGUUUGUCUCACAAAGUAGAGGAUGUAGGGGGUGCAGCUGACACCAUUUCUGGAACUCUUGGGCACAGUAUUAUGGAAGCCAAACCUGGAUUGGCCCCCACUUUCUUUGCAGGAGGACAACUCAAAGGUGCUGGCUCUGUUCUUCAUAAGACCACCAGUCAGACAAAUGAGGCUGGACUUCCUGCAACUCCAGAGGUUCCUGUUAUGACUCACAGUGAUCCAGAAAUAAAAAGGGAGAAGACUGAAAAUUCUGAAAGAUGGGCCUCAGCAGAAAACAAUUUGGACUCUCAAGGUCACCUAGCUGUCAAUCUUCCCUUUCAAGAGCAGCUGUGGGAGGAAGCAGAUAGACAAAAGGAAAUCCAUAGCGAAGGAGGGGACGUUCGUUCCAUAAGUGGCAAUAUUCAAAAAUUUGAAAGGAGGAAAAGAGUAGAAGAAAUUGGAGCCCCAGUGCAUGGAUUUAGCAAAGGUGAGAGUAGGAUCUCAGGAGCCAAGGUCCAUAUGGAGGUCUCCAUGGCACCGACCGACCUCAAAGGAUCUAUGGUGACAAACUCAUCAAAUACUCUGAAUCGAGCAUCUGACUAUGAUGAUUACAGCAAUUCUGAGGACAAGCAAGAAUUUGAUAUAUAUGGGGAAGAUGACCAGGAUCCACGUACUUUCACUGGCAGAGUCCGACAGUACUUCAUUGCUGCAGUGGAGGUGAUGUGGGAUUAUGGGAACCAUACAUCUUCACCAUAUCUAAGAGACAAGAAUCUGAAAAACAGCUGGAAGAAGCCAUCCAGGCAGUACAAGAAAGUAGUUUACCGAGAGUACCUGGACAGCUCUUUCACUCAGCCACAGGUCCGUGGAGAAUUGGAAGAACACUUGGGCAUCUUGGGACCAUACAUCCGAGCACAGGUUGAUGAUGUCAUCAUGGUGACUUUCAAGAAUCUGGCUUCCCGCCCGUAUUCAUUCCAUUCUAACCUGCUGCCCUAUGAAGGAAAUGGGGAGGAAGUAGAGCAGCCCAUCCAGGACUCUGUGCAGCCUGGCGAGGUCCGAGAUUACUCCAUCAAGGUGUUGUCUCACAUGGCUCCUACAGCCAAUGAGUUUGACUGCAAGGCAUGGGCAUAUUUCUCCAGUAUUAGCCUGGAGAAAGACCUACACUCUGGUCUUGUUGGACCUCUGAUUAUCUGCCGGCCUGGAGUACUGAGCACAGCAUACAGAAGGCAGCUGGCUGUCCAGGAAUUCUCCUUGCUCUUCACCAUCUUUGAUGAGACCAAGAGCUGGUAUUUUGCUGAGAACCUUGAGAGGAACUGUCUGCAUCCCUGCCACAUCCAGACAGAUGAUCCUGCCUUUAAAGCAAGCAAUUCUUUCUAUGCUAUCAAUGGUUAUGUCAGAGACAGUCUACCAGGACUAGUGAUGGGUCAGCACCAGAGAGUGCGGUGGUAUCUGUUGAAUGUCGGAGGUGCCAAAGACAUCCACUCUGUCCACUUCCAUGGGCAAGUCUUUACCAUCCGAACGGCCCAGGAGUACCGAUUAGGAGUCUACAACCUCUAUCCUGGUGCCUUUGAGACAGUGGAAAUGAGCCCAUCCCACCCUGGGAUUUGGCAGGUGGAAUGUAUGGUUGCUGAGCAUGAGCAGGCUGGGAUGAGUGCCUUCUUCCUAGUGUACGACCAGCGGUGUCAGAUUCCUCUGGGCCUAGCUUCUGGCUACAUCGCAGACUCACAGAUCACAGCUUCAGAACACUAUGGUCAGUGGGUCCCCAGCCUGGCCAGGCUUGACAAAUCUGGUUCAAUCAAUGCCUGGAGUACUGCAGAAAAGAACGCUUGGAUCCAGGUAGACCUGCUACGACAACAGAUCAUCCAUGGAAUAAAGACACAAGGAGCCCGGCAGAAGUUCUCCAGCCUCUACAUCUCCCAGUUUGAGAUAUUCUACAGUAGUGAUGGAGAGAAAUGGAAGUGUUAUAAAGGCAAUGCCACCAGCUCCAAGAUGAUAUUCUUUGGGAACGUGGAUGCAGCAGGCGUGAGAGACAACAGCUUUAACCCUCCCAUUGUAGCCCGCUAUAUCCGUCUCCACCCGACACACUUCAGCAUCCGCAACACAUUGCGCAUGGAGCUCAUCGGAUGCGACCUGAACAGCUGCUCUGUGCCACUAGGAAUGGAAAGCAAUGCUAUCUCCAAUGAGCAGGUCUCAGCUUCUUCCUACAUCAGCAAUGUGCUUUACACUUGGUCCCCCUUUCUGGCCCGGCUUAACUUGAAUGGGAGAGUCAAUGCUUGGAGACCAAAGGUUGACAGCUCAGCGGAGUGGAUUCAGGUGAACUUUCGUAGGACCAUGCGGGUGACUGGGUUGAUGACUCAAGGUGCAAAGUCUGCCUUCACCAAAAUGUUCGUGAAGGAGUUUUCUCUUUCGAGCAGCCUGGAUGGCAAGCACUGGGCCUCUGUCCUACAAGGCGGCAAAGAGAAGAUUUUCCAGGGAAAUCAAGAUCAUUUCAGCCCAGUGGUGAACCUCCUAGACACUCCACUAUUUGCUCAAUAUUUGAGGAUACACCCUGUCCGCUGGAAUAACCACAUUGCACUGAGGAUGGAGUUUUUGGGCUGCGAUACCCAGCAGAUGGCCUAGCCUGGAUGCACCUGCACUUUUGCCAAUGCAGCGAACUUUCAGCAGCCCUUGUGCAAGCCACCCACGCCAUGCCAGCUGGAACAAGCUUAUAUCAGUGACAUUUGAGCAAAAUGAUUUCUGUCACCCAUAUAUUUUUGAUAAUGUUUUUGUAGCGUAAGAAACAAAAAUCAUUGUAAGGCUCAUGCUUCUGCACCGAUUACUGGAAACAUAUUGUUUCUUGCAAUACGUACCUGCAUCGUGGUUCUUAGGGCUAAACUAGGGGUAAUAUUAACUGUGUGUUUGCAAUUAAUGUGUCUAGUUGUUGUUGGUUUGUUUAAAAAAAGGAGUUGUUUAUGAGUGUGGGGCGGGAGAUCAGGAUUGGAUCUAUGGCACACGAGGAGGAGGUAAAAUGAUGGUUCUCCACGCUGCAGUGCUGCAGCCCUCAAAAAAGUGCUCUUAUUCACCCAAUGAUGAAAGCUUCUUAUGAUGCCAGUGGCAACUUCUCACCUGGAAUGAAUGGCGAUUCUGAGAGAAUGAGAUGUCCCAUAAUGAGCAUGGUCUUCACUGGGGGCCCCAUGGCUGCUUUUGAAAUUUUAAAAAACUAGACAUGUGAAUUUAAAUCAUGUAAUCAAUGCCAUAUUAUUUGGUUUGCUUGCUGUAAUUUUAAUCACAGUUACUUGGAAGUAAGGCCCACAGAACUAUGUGCAUCCUAUUUUGGUCCACACAUGCAUAGAAUUAAGGUGAGUAAAAUAAGGAAAUAUUUUCUAGCAUCGGUGUUAUGAGAAAAAUAUAAAAACCCAUUGAAAUAUAAAAUGUGAAUGAGUCCUAAAUAGACAGAUAUAGUCAGUAGAACAGGGAUCGCCCCCCCCCAAACCCCUGAUGCUGUUGUACUUUAAUUCAUAUCAGUCCCAGCUAAUGGUCAGGAAUGAUGGGAGUUGUAGUUCAGCAACAUCUGGAGGGCCACAGGUUCUCCACCCCUGAAUUAGAAUUUGCUACAUAAGAAUAGAAGAAGAGCCCUGCUGGAUUAUACCAAAGGUCAGUCUAGUCCAGCAUCCUGUUUUCCACUGUUGGGCAAUCAGGUGUCUCCAAUUGUUUGCUUAAUUCCGUUUCAAACCAUCCAUCGCAUGAAGGUGGACAGUCGAUAAAUCUAUCAAGUCGCUUCCUUCUUUGUGCUGUAUAAGAGCCAAUGCCACAAUCUUAACCAUUGUUUUCCAUCAGGAGAAGACAUACACUUUCAGAUCCUUUUGGAUGUUGUUACAAAAUGUGAGUGUGUCAAGCAUUUUUAUGCCUUUCUGUUUUCAGAUUUCUACCUGUGCGUAUCUGUAGUCAGAGAACAGUGCCUCAUGAUUAAAGACCACUUGUCUUGUUAAGAUCUGUA